UAAAAAAACAUUCGAAUGUUGACAACAAUUUGGAUCGAAAUAGCCAUAGAAAUAUAUCAUCAUAUCACUAUUUGGAUGAAAAUAGAAAUCGAAUGCCAAUAUUAUUGUUAUUGAUUCGACCAUUAUUAAGGAUACGAAAAAGCGAAAAUUUAUCAUCUAUAGAAUUGGUGAUUAAUCUGAAAAAUCAAUCAUUUUCAUCGAUAAAAACACUGCCAAAUUUAUUGAUGACUGCCUUUGAAAAUUAUUCAUUAUCAAUCAAUUUAACUGCCCAAAAAUAUCGACAAUCAAAUGAUCGACAUCAACAAUUUUGGUCACCAAUUUAUGCCGUACAACAAACAAACGAAAAUGAACAGGAUUUUUUCGAAACAAUCGAACAACAAUGGCAAAUUAAUCAAUCAUCAUUAUUCUAUACGGAUAAUUUAUUGGAAUUAUUUCAUCAACAAACAGAUCGCAAACAGCAAAAACUAUGUCAAUUAUUUACCAGCAAUGAUAAUGGUGAUCAUCGGAAACAUUAUCAUCAAACAACCAUUCAAAUAUGUACGGAUGGUUCAAUGAACGGUAUCAUAACAUUAAUGGAUGAUGGGGGUCAUAUUUUAUUGGAAACAGAACAACAACAUUGUUUUGAUCAUUUGCAAUUCCUGACUGAUGAUGAUAAUUGGACAUUAUUAUCUUGUGAACAUCGAUUAAAAUUUAUUGGAAAUUUUUUUAAUCAAUCACCAUUACGAGGACAAAAACAUCGAUUAAAAAGAUCAUAUUCAUCUGAACGUACAAUUGAAAUGUCUAUCGUUACUGAUUUAUCAAUGUAUCUUUAUCAUGGAAAUUCAUUACGUAAUUAUGUUUUUACAUUGAUUGCAAUGGUAUCACAUUUAUUCAAACAUUCAAGUAUUGGUAAUGAAAUUAAUAUAAAAUUGAUAAAAUUAACAUCAUUAAUGGAUGAACAACCAGAAAACAAUUGGUAUGGUUCAGCACAUAAAACAUUACGGCAUUUUUGUCGUUGGCAAUAUGAACAUAAUCAUCAUGAUGAUAAACAUCAAUUACAUUAUGAUACAGCAAUUCUAUUAACAAAAAUUGAUUUAUGUAGUAAAAAUGAUUAUAAUCCUAAUCCCAAUCAUCAUCAUCAUCAUCAUCAUAAUGAUAAUGAUUAUCGUCGAACAACAACAACAUCAACAUCAUCAACACGUUCAUCAUCGUGUGAUACAUUAGGCUUGGCACAUUCAGGACAGAUUUGUGAUCCAGAAACAAGUUGUGCGAUUGUUGAAGAUAAUGGUUUAAGUGCUGCAUUUACUAUUGCACAUGAAUUAGGUCAUUUACUUGGUGUGCCACAUGAUGAUGAAGAACAAUGUAAAAGAUUUUAUGAACAACAACAAACCAUCAAUGAUAAUUAUCAUUAUAAUAAUCAUUUAAAUAAAAAUGAUAAACAAACUGAAUUCAAUGUUAUGGUUCGUAUGAUUGAUUCCAAUAGUCAUAUGUGGAGUUGGUCAUCAUGUUCAAAACAUUUUAUUACCGAAUUUCUUGAUUCCGGACAUGGUGAUUGUCUUUUGGAUAAUAAUUCAAUGGAUAUACGACAAUCAUCAUCGUCAAUCGAUUCAAAUAUUCACCAUCAUCAUCAUCAUGAUACAUUUCGUCGUCGUUCAUUUUUCGAUUCAAAAUAUUCAAAAUUACCUGCCGGUACAUUGUAUAAUGCUGAUGAACAAUGUCGUUUAGUAUUUGAUCGUAAUUCAAGUAUUUGUUUAGAUAUGCCAUAUUGUAAAAAAUUAUGGUGUACAUCCAAUACUGUUGGUGGUUGUCGUACACAACAUAUGCCAUGGGCUGAUGGUACCGAAUGUGGUAAUGGUUAUUGGUGUCAACAAGGACAAUGUGUUCGUAUUGAUACAACACGAUUACAACCAAUCAAUGGUGGUUGGAGUGAAUGGUCAUCAUGGUCAGAAUGUUCAUUAUCAUGUGGUGGUGGCAUACGAAAAUCACGACGUGAUUGUACAAAUCCUAAUCCACAAUAUGGUGGUAAAUUUUGCUUGGGUGAACGUAUACGUUAUGAAUCAUGUAAUCUAGAACCAUGUCCAUAUCAAUCAAGAUAUGAAGAUUCACGUGCAAAACAAUGUGCAGAAUAUAAUCGUUAUAAUUUAACAUGGACACCUAAAUAUGAUGGGAUUCAAUCUACUGAUGUUUGUUCGCUGUAUUGUCAAUCAAAUUCAGGUGAAUCAUUAAAGCUGAAACCAAAAGUAAUUGAUGGUACACCAUGCACACCUGAAUCAUUUGAUAUUUGUGUAAAUGGAAAAUGUUUAAUGGCCGGUUGCGAUCGUAUACUUGGUAGUUCGCGUCAUAUUGAUUAUUGUGGUGUUUGUGGUGGUAAUAAUUCAACUUGUCGUGAAAUUAAUGGACAAUUCAAACCACGAACUGUUCAACAUGGUUAUACAUUUGUUCUAUCAAUACCACCGGGUGCAGCAAAUGUUGAAAUUAUUAAGGAACCAUCAUCUGAUAAUUGGUUAGCAUUACGUGGUGAAUAUGGUAAUUAUCUAUUGAAUGGACAUUUCACCGUUAAUGUUUAUGAACGCAAAUGGUAUUAUGGUGAUACAACCGUAGAAUAUUCUGGUACUAAAACAUAUGGUUAUGAACGUAUCAAUAUUACACGAUCAAUACAAAAUCCAUUACAUUUGGAAAUACUUUGUGUUGGUGAACUACAUCUGCCGACAAUAAAUUAUAAUUUUGCUGUAACAUCUGAUAAUCAAUAUAUUAAUUAUCAAUGGAAAAUUGAUCCAUAUUGGUCAACAUGUAAUAAAGUAUGUAAUGGCGAACAAGAACGUCGACCAUAUUGUUGGGCACAGAUGCGUUCAUCAUGGCUGAUGGAUACCACAUCAAGAUCGCCACAAAUUUCCGAAAUAAAAGUUUCAGAUAAUUAUUGUGAUCAACAACAACGUCCUGCAACUGAAUAUCGUGUUUGUAAUGGUCAUUGUGAAUUAGAAUGGCAUAUUCAUUAUCGAAGCCAUUGUUCAUCAAAAUGUGGUCAAGGUUUUCGUACGUUAAAAAUUAAUUGUACACAAAUAUUUCAUAAUCAUAAUGAACGUAUUUAUAUUGAUGAUUUUUAUUGUUAUCAUUUGGGAGCUAAACCUUCGGAAACAGAAAAUUGUACCGGUAAUAGUGAUAACAGUAAUGAUUGUCAUAUUUCAUAUCAAUGGCAAUAUUCGGAUUGGUCACAAUGUCAAAUAUUUAAUCAACAACAAAAACAUCAACAUACAUGUGGUCAAGGACAACAAAAUCGUAUUGUUAAUUGUAUAUCGACAAUAACAACUUAUCCAGAUUCCGGUAAUAAUAAUCCAAUGAAUAUUCAACAUUCAAAUGUUGAUCAUGAAUUAUGUCGACAAUAUUUAUCAACUGAACCAAUAUUGCUACAAUCAUGUCAGAUUGAAUGUCCACGUUGGAAAAUUGAUCAAUGGAGUCAAUGUAAAGGUAGCUGUACCACCAAUACCGGCAAUAACAAUGGAGAAAAAUAUCGAAAAAUUACCUGUUGGCAUGCCGAUCAACAAAUUUCGGAUGCUUAUUGCGAACAAAUUGAAACAAAACCAAUCGAAAGAAUUAAAUGUGAAUUAACUGAAUGUCAGCAAAAUUUUUAUCAUCAUCAACAACAACAACAUUUAGAUAAUCGAUCAAGAUCGAUAAUUGAAGCCGCUCAAUCAAUGAUUGAAAAUAAUGAAAUUUAUAGUUAUGAUCAUCAUGAUAUUGAUCAAUCAUCGUUAACAUCAUUCAUAUGGCAAUCAGGUGAAUGGUCAUCAUGUGAUAUACUAUCACAAUAUGUACGUGAAUAUCAUAAUCGUUUUACUGAAAAUUUUUAUCAACCAAAAUGUUUUGAAUCAAUUGAUCAGGCAAAUCAAUUACGUGAAAGUUUUUUACCAUUAUUUCAUUUAAAUAAUAGUCUAUAUUCAAAUUCAUAUCAAGAUCUUGCCAAUUUACUUGGUUUAGAUAUUAAAAAAUUAAAACGUCGUCGUUAUGUUGCAUGUAUUAAUCAACAAAAUCAACAAUUAACAACCGAAGAUAAAUGUGAUCAAAAGUUGAAACCAAAUUCAGAAGAAAAUUGUCCCAUUGAACAAAAUUUAUUAAAAUUAAUGCCAGAAUUUAAUCUUAAUCUUUGUCCACCAUCAACGACGACAACUAAAGAUUUAUUAAUUUUAAAUGAAAUUGAUUCGUCCAGAUCGAAUAAUAUUCAACAACAACAUGAUAAUAAUGAUCAUCGAACAUUUAUUGAACAUAUGGAAUGGCGUACAAGUGAAUGGAGUGAAUGUUUUUGUGAUUUAAAUCGACGAAAAUUUCUAAGAAAACGUUCCAUACAUUGUAUACGAUUAGCUGAUGGAAAUAAUAUUCCAGAUGAAUAUUGUUAUCAUAAUCAGCAAUUAUCUGGGGACAAACCAAAUGAAAUUGAAGAAUGUCAAAUGACGAUGACAAUGACAAAUGCAAAUGAAUGUGAUCCAUAUGCAAGGCAAAUGUUACAUGAACAAACUGAAAUUGAUCAAUUUAAUUAUCGUUAUUCUUUAUCACCAACAUCAUCAACUACCUCAAAACCAUCCAUAAUGAUAAUAACACCAACAACAACCGCAAAAACAGCACUAAUAUCUGCAGAACAUCAAAUGUCUCCGUUAGUUUCUGAUUUGUCGACCAUCAAUCAUCAACAACAACAACAAAUAUCACUGCCAUUAAACAAUGAUGAUAAUGGUGGUUGGACAGAAUGGUAUGAUUGGAGUGAAUGUUCAGUAAAAUGUGGUAAUGGUAUACAAACACGUGAACCAAAAUGUUCAUUGUUGAACAACAAAAUGAAUUCAAAACAGCCAAAACAAAAUUCUUUAUGUGAUGAACGAAAACGACCACAACAACAAUAUCGUCAAUGUCAUCGUAUUUGUGAUAUAUUUCAAUGGCAUUAUUCAGAUUGGUCGGAAUGUCAUGCUGAAUGUGGCCAAAAUGGUUUUCGUAUACGAACAGCUGAAUGUCGUGAUUGGACUGGUACACGUGUUUCAAAUCAUUUUUGUGAAAAUAUUGAUCAUCAAUCAAAUAAUCAUCAACUAAAAGAACAAUGUUAUCGUUUGGAUUGCAAUAAUAACAAUAACAAAAAUAAACUUGUUUGGCGUACUGGUCAAUGGUCAGAGUGCACAAAAUCAUGCGGAUAUGGUCAACAAUUACGAACAGUUAAUUGUCAUCGUAUCAAUAAGUUUGGUGUUAUUGAUCCAAGACCAUUAGAAGAUAAUCAUAUCAAUUCACUAUUACCACGUAUUCGACGUUUUCAAUCAAAACAGUCACAAUUUUCAAUCAAACGAUCAAAAAAGGAACGAAGACAACGACAUCGAAGACAAAAUCAUAAUCAUCAAAAUUAUUAUUAUUCUUAUCAAGUAGAUGAUUCCGAUAAUAAUAAUUAUCAUCAAAAUUACAAUGAUAUCAUGGAUAAUUGGUGUGAUAUUAAUAAUAAACCCAUCGAUUCACAAACAUGCAAUCUUGGUGCUUGUUUUCAACCAUUAUCAAUGGCUGAUGCAUUUGUAUGGCGUACUAGUGAAUGGCAAACGUGUUCAUCACCUUGUGGUUUUGGUCAUCAACGUCGUAAAGUUUAUUGUUAUUCACAACGUACAAAACAACGUGUUGAUCGAUCAAAUUGUGAUGCACGAUCAAAACCGGAAAAACGUCGUCAAUGUAAUCUACGUAGCUGCGAAGUAAUUUCAUGUCAAGAUCGUCGUGAUCGUACACGAAUACGUAAAGAUGGUAUCUAUGAAAUAUGGAUACAAGGAACACAGAUUCGUGUCUAUUGUUAUGGAAUGAAUUUCCUGGAAAAACCAUUAGAAUAUUUAUUAUUAAAUGAUGAUAAUUAUUCGGAAUCUAUGAAUCUUUAUGGUACUAGUGAUUGCUCAAGGAGAUAUCAACAACAACGACAUCCAAAAUCGAUCAUUCAUUUUAAAUAUGUUCGAUUUGAUGUAUUAUCUAUGCAACUUUUUGUAAAUGAUACACGAUUAUCAAUGAUCGAUGAUAAUCUGAAUCAUCAAUUUCAACCUAUUGGUUAUGGUCAAGCAUUCAUUCAUGGUUGUCCAUUAAGUGUACAUCAUCAUCAUGAUAAUUCUGCUAACAGUAUUACUAAUUGUUAUUUUUCAAAUGAUCAACCAAAUCUUUAUCAUUCGAGUACAAUGGCUAAUCUUAAAUCAAUGUUCAGUAUUAAUCUACAGAAAACUGGAUUAAUUAUCGAUAAUAAUGAUAUUGAUCAAUGGAUUAUUGAUGAUGGUAACAAUAAUGUUUUGGAUAAAAAUAUUCAUAUUAGCCAAAAUGGUGAAAAAAUAAUCGGAUAUUGUAGCUUUAAAAUGGAAAAACUGCCAAUAAAAAUUGCCGCAUCCAUUUCGAAUUGUCGUGUUGGAUGUCGACCAAUCAAUAAUAUUAUCCCCUUACGUAUACCGUGAGAAUAUAUUUUUGUUUCUCCUGAACAUGUAAUAUAUUUUUUUAGGCCCACAAUGUGCAUUCAACAAUAUUAUUUGUAAAUUUAUUUAUUUAUUUUUUUUGUACAGAUUCAUCAGCUAGUCUU